GUUAAUUAUAUAGUGCCAGGUCUUUUACUGCGUUAUUUAUUUGUAACCUUUUUUUUCUUAAAAAGCUAUUAUUAUUAUUAUUGUUGUUGUUGUUGUCGUCGAUAUGCGUGUAUCUUUCUAAGAUUUCAUAAAUAUGUUUGCACAAUUAGGUUAUCGCUAGCUUUAUACUAAACCGGGACAGCCUGGGUUUUUUUUUUUUUGGCCAAUAUAAUCGCAACCACCGAGUGUGGUAAUUUCACUUUACCACCGAAACUACAGAAAAUGAGGAAGCGAAUUCACUUGCGUGGGGAGCCCGCCCAUGCAUAUUACAGAUUGUCCAAGUUGCUCCGAGUUGAUCCGUCUCCCCCCUGUUUGGCCAUUCCAGCACAAAAGCAAACAGGGGCGACUCGCUUAACUGUCCUUCUCCACCAAAGCUGUCUUUUCCUUCCUCGCUUUUCAAACUGCUCUCUCGUCUGCCGGUUUCCUCAAGCCUUUUUUUUUCUUCUCCCCAAUACUUUCCUGCCCCUCUCUAUUUAUGAAAACGUCACUUCAAGUCCCUCCCUGUUUGAAUCUCAUUAGUUUCUUGUGUGUUUCUCCCUGUCAAUAAUCCCGAAUCCAGACUCUCUCUAUUUCCAUCCCUCUCUAUCUGUCAAUCAGCGCCGCCUUUGAACUGAAAACCACUCCGACCAACUUCAACUCACUCAAUCCGAGCGGCUCGGCUCCAUCUCCGGCUCCUUUUUCUGCCAAGAUUCCCUUCUUUUUUAGUUUGUACUAACCGCCAGUCCUUGGGAAACGCCAGUGCAGACCCUAAACUUAAACUCGGAUUCGGGAUCACAGAGAUCAAGGGUUUAAAACUUUUGUGUUUUGCCCCCCAAAAUUGCUCGGGAAAAUGCCGCAGCUCAACGGCGGUGGAGGGGACGAUUUGGGUGCGAACGAUGAAAUGAUCUCCUUCAAAGACGAAGGAGAGCAGGAGGAAAAAAUUUCGGAGAACUCCUCUGCAGAAAGGGAUUUAGCAGAUGUCAAAUCUUCUCUCGUAAACGAAUCGGAGACGAAUCAAAACAGCUCUUCGGACUCCGAGGCGGAAAGACGGCCUCCGCCUAGAUCUGAAAGUUUCAGGGACAAAACAAGAGAAAGUUUAGAGGAGGCUGCGAAAAGGCAAGAUGGAGGGCUGUUCAAGGGCCCACCGUACCCGGGCUAUCCAUUUAUAAUGAUCCCCGACCUCACAAGCCCGUACCUCCCGAACGGAUCGCUCUCUCCCACGGCACGCACAUAUCUACAGAUGAAAUGGCCACUGCUAGACGUUCAAGCAGGAAGUCUUCAAAGUAGACAAGCGCUUAAAGAUGCCAGGUCCCCUUCUCCGGCACACAUCGUUGGGCCCGUCUGCUUGGGAUUCCCCGGACAGGCCGAUCUGAGCCUUCACCAAUUUCAGUUGUCUAAUAAGGUCCCGGUGGUACAGCACCCUCACCAUGUGCACCCGCUUACACCUCUGAUCACCUACAGCAAUGAACAUUUCACACCUGGCAACCCUCCCCCACACCUACAGACAGACGUGGACCCCAAAACAGGAAUCCCGAGGCCUCCUCACCCUCCAGAUAUAUCUCCCUACUACCCCCUGUCGCCUGGCACUGUGGGCCAGAUCCCCCAUCCGCUAGGAUGGUUAGUACCACAGCAAGGUCAGCCGGUGUACCCCAUCACCACAGGAGGGUUCCGACACCCCUAUCCCACUGCCCUUACCGUCAAUGCCUCCAUGUCCAGUCUUCUCUCCUCCAGAUUCCCUCCACACAUGGUGCCCCCCCACCACAGUUUGCACACCACGGGGAUCCCACACCCAGCCAUCGUCACGCCCAACGUCAAACAGGAGUCCUCUCACAGUGACAUCAGUACCCUCAACAGCUCGAAACAUCAGGACCCGAAAAAGGAGGACGAGAAGAAGAAGCCGCACAUAAAGAAGCCCCUGAACGCGUUCAUGCUCUACAUGAAAGAGAUGAGGGCCAAAGUGGUGGCAGAGUGCACGCUGAAGGAGAGCGCAGCUAUCAACCAGAUCCUGGGCAGGAGGUGGCAUGCUCUGUCUCGAGAGGAGCAGGCCAAAUACUACGAGCUUGCCAGAAAAGAACGACAGUUACACAUGCAGCUCUACCCCGGCUGGUCGGCACGAGACAACUAUUGGCGGGGUAACCAACAGGGGAAAAAGAAGAAGAGAAAAAGGGAAAAGCAGCAAGCCGAGGCCAACGAACACAGAGAAUAUUUUCCAAAUCCUUGCCUUUCACUCCCUCCGAUUACAGACCUGAGUGCCCCUAAGAAGUGUCGUGCGCGUUUUGGGCUCGAUCAGCAGAAUAACUGGUGUGGUCCGUGCAGGAGAAAAAAGAAGUGCAUUCGCUACAUUCAAGGUGAAGGCAGCUGUGUCAGUCCUCCCUCUUCGGAUGGAAGCUUACUAGAGUCCCCCCCAUCCUCGCCCUCCAUGGUCACCACCUCCCCAGCCUCGAAAGAGCCCAAACCACAGACUGAACAAAUGCAACCUCUAUCACUGACUAUGAAGCCUGUUCCUCUGGUCUUGUCCUCACACCACCCUCACCAACAUCUCUCCAUGGCCCCGCCUCCGCCCUUAUCUCUGCUGGACAACUCGGGUGCGGGCAAAACGCCCGGCUCUGCCCACAACAGCUCCUUGGACCCUUCAGACGUGUCAUCGUCCCGCCCCUCAGGCUCCGCCUCCUCGCAGCCUGCAUUGGUGUGUCACUCCCAUUCUCUGCUGCCCAGCUCUGCCCCCACGCAACCGCUUUCGCUCGUUACCAAGUCCAUAGACUAGGCUAGCCUAGGAUCGAUUUACCAGCUAUACAGCUCUGCCCUUCUGUCUGCUGCCUCUGUUUUUUUCUUCCUCGUUCUGUUUCUCGGUUUUCUGUGCCAUACGGCUUUGAAAAUUUAGUUAAUUCUUUUAUCAAAGUUCAUUGGUCAAUAUUUGACCUGUCAUUAUCUAAAAUAAAUGAAAUUAUUAUAAUUAUAAUAUUGAUAAUAAAAGUACAACGAGUUGUAGAGUAUAGCUUUGUGAAUCUGCCAAAUUUUUAAGACGUUAUUUUAUUUUAUUUUUUUUAUUUUUUUGCUUUUUUUGUUAGUGUUCAACUGUACAACAGAAAAAAAUGCUUAAUUGUUAUGUAGUCUGACAGAUAUAAAAGUAGGUUAGGUGAGGAUUCGGUGAGCCCUUUUCUGAAAGAAUUGGUUCUCCUUCAUUAUUUGUAUUAAAUACGAGCUUGUGAACCAAUCAUUUCACACCUGUUCAAAUCGUGGAGGGCAUGAGGACCGUGGAGACACUUCUCCAACUGAGGAACAACAUUAAUUGUGAUGUUACUUGUUCUUGUUUAAAUGUACAGAAAUA